AUUUUUCCUAAAGAGGGAAACAGGCAAGAAAUGUCAAUGCUGACGUUAAUGACGACCUUAUCACAUGCUACUCCUUUCGGUGAAGGGCGUGGGAAUGCAUUUGUUGAAAUUCACCAACUGGGUCUCUCUCUUCGUUCUGGGUUUUGCUUUCUUGUACUUCUAUUACGCCUACCAGUUCUCUUCUUCCCAAAUUAUGGCUGAAGGAAGUUCCAAAUCAAUAUACGAUUUCACAGUCAAGGAUAUUCAUGGUAACGAUGUAAAGCUGAGUGAAUACGGUGGGAAGGUUCUCCUGAUUGUAAAUGUUGCUUCCCAAUGUGGUUUAACACAAUCCAACUACAAAGAAUUAAGUGUUUUGUAUGAAAAGUACAAAAACAAAGGUUUUGAGAUCUUGGCAUUUCCUUGCAACCAGUUUGGAGGACAAGAGCCGGGAAACAAUGAGGAGAUUCAAGAAGUUGCAUGCACGAGGUUUAAAGCUGAAUUCCCAAUCUUUGACAAGAUUGAGGUGAAUGGGAAGAAUGAGGCGCCCCUUUACAAAUUCCUGAAAUUACAGAAAGGUGGGCUCUUUGGAAAUGGCAUCAAAUGGAACUUUACCAAGUUUUUGGUUAACAAAGAAGGAAAAGUUGUGGAGAGAUAUGCUCCUGUGACAUCACCUCUUAAAAUUGAGAAAGACAUCCAGAGUCUGUUGGAAUCUUCUUGAGUAUCAAGGACAACAGAAAGUGUAUGCUUUGGCUUUGCAGAAAAUAAAACGUGGGUGGUAGAUGAAGUAAAUUGAUCAAAGCAUGAUGGAUGUGUAAAAGUAUGAUUAUGACUCGAAACAAAUACAUGCCUUGUUUAUUAAGAAUAGAUGGAAACUUGUUCAAGGUCUCUUUGUAUUGUACAAGGGGAAAGCAUAUUCCCGAUUAAAGCCGUAUACCCACAUCAAUAUUUUAUCAUCAAUAAUUAAAAUAGAUUGUUUUGUCCGUAA